CUGAAAUGAAAACGCCUAUUUCUUUCAUCUUAACAUUCGUUCUUUUUAUUAGUAUUACUUUAGCAAAACUAGAUCCUAAAAAAGAAAAGCUUAUAUCACUUGCUGAAAGUGGUAAUGGUAUUGUCAAUUUGAAUUCCAAUACUUAUGAUAGAUUUACCGAAGGAAAGCGUGAUUAUGGACUAGUUGUUUUAUUAACAGCUCUCGAUUCUCAAUUUAAUUGUGUACCUUGUCGUGAAUUUGAUCCUGAAUUUGCUUUAGUUGCAAAAGGCUUUCAAAAAAAUAAAAAUAGUAAUAAUCUCUUUUUUGGACAUUUGGAUUUCAAAGAUGGACAAGCUAUUUUCCAAAAACUCAAGAUUAUGUCCGCACCUAAUGUAUUCUAUUUCCCUCCUCAAAAAGCUGGAGAACGUAAAGAAUAUGUUAAAUAUGACUUGGGGAGAAGUGGAUUUUCUGCAGAAAAUUUUGCUCAAUUUUUAAGUCAGGAGUCUGGUCUUAGAGUUACAGUUUCUCGACCUGUCAAUUACUUUAAACUUGUUACUAAGAUCUUCUUGGCUAUUGGAGCUGCUGCUGCUCUUAAACUUAUGUAUCGUCAUUUCACUUUUAUUAUAUGUCAUAGAAAUACAUGGGCUGCUAUCUCCAUUUUGGUCAUCUUGGUUAUGACCUCAGGAUAUAUGUGGAAUAAGAUUCGUUCACCACCCUAUUUGAUGCCUGGUAGAAACGGUGAAAUUAAUUACAUUGCAUCAGGUUUUUCUUCUCAAUUUGGUGUUGAGCCUCAGAUUGUAGCCAGCAUUUAUGGGAUCCUUGCCUUUUCAAUGGUUGCUUUAAUCAAGUCAGUCCCUCAAAUUGAAGAUCAAAAAAUUCAACGUAUCAGUGCCUAUAUUUGGAUGGCUUGCUUUAUUUUCAUAUUUAGUGCUUUAUUCGCACUUUUUAGAGUUAAGAAUGGUGGCUAUCCAUUCAAGCUUCUCAUUUAAAAAUAUUAAAAAAAAACUAUUACUUUAUUUCUUCUAUAUUUGUAUAUAUAUUCUUUUAAAAAGGGUAUUUUACAUGAUGUAUAAAAUUCAUUUUACUACUCUUUUUUUUUUUUUUUUUUUUUUU